CCUGACAAACCCAAAUUAGUAGCUUAGCAGUCUUGAAAAAGAAAAAGUGUAGUCAGUAGUGGACUGGCAGUAGUCAAGCACAGUCAAAAGAGCUGCAAGUACAGUAAUCACCUCCCAAAACAACCAUUCCAACCACCAUCAACCCCAAUCCAAUCCAAUCAUGUCCAACUCAGCAGCUUCAACCCUGCUCCACCUUAUCACCACUACCACCCUCCUCCUCCUCCUCCUCCUGACCACCAGAGUCUCCGCCACCGACCACAUUGUGGGUGCCAACAAAGGCUGGAAUUCUGGCAUCAACUACACCCUCUGGUCCAACAACCAAACUUUCUACGUUGGAGACCUCAUUUCAUUUAGGUAUCAGAAGACACAGUACAACGUUUUUGAAGUGAACGAGACAGGUUACGAUAACUGUACGAUAGAAGGGGCAGUGGGGAACUGGAGCAGCGGCAAGGACUUUAUCCCCCUUAACAAAGCUAAAAGGUACUACUUCAUCUGUGGGACUGGUGGCUGCUUCAAUGGGAUGAAGGUUUCUGUCAUCGUCCACCCUCUUCCUUCUCCGCCCAAGCCUGCCAUUGCGGCCACUCAUGCGUCCACUAAAUCAGCCGCAGCCGCAGCGGCGCGUGGGAUUUACUCCAUGCUGGUCUUGAUGGGUCUUUUUCCGUUUGUAUGGAUUGGGCUUUGAUUGUGGAUCUGGACUUCUUCUAGUUAGGCUGCAUUCCUUUUUUUUUUUUUUUGAAAAAAAAAAUUUGCUUUUGUGGGUGUGCGAAAAAAUCCAUUGCCUUUGAUUUGUGUUUGUGUGUGGGAUCCAAGUGUUGAAUUUGGAGAAAUUAUUUUUUAGCCUGAUUUAGUGGGAGAUUGGUGAGUCAUUAAUUCAUAUUCAUCUUGUUCA